GAAGCCUGAGCGGGGAGCAUUCAGUUAGCGCCGAGCCGGCCGGGAGUAGCGUUGACUGUUGAAUUGUGUAUGUGGCUUACAUUUCUGUUAAGACAUUCCCAGCGCCAACCACAUUUCAUGCUAGAGAGCAGUUAAAAUGGGAAUAGACGGAAGUCGGAACAGCAACUAAUUAUUUGUUAUGGAUAUAAUGUGAACAGUGAUAUUUUAUAGUUGAAGUAUAAUGCGUACUUGUUUUAUCGUGGCAGUGAUACCAAUACAAUUAAGAACGAUUUGUAACACAGUAUGUAGUGUUGUGUCAUAGUGAUGGAAUGUUAACCUCAGGUGCCCAUUUGUGAAUUCAUUCGUGUUUGUGCCCAUCUACAGUGUGCGAACACACGGACAAUAUAACUUUAUGUGGAAAGUGUUUAGUGAAAUUUGAUUGUUACAAGAGGACGAAUGUUUGCUCUAUCGAGUGCUUUACUAGUCGGUGUGGUGAUGGUGGCGUUUUCUUAGACCCGGUGCCAACGUAGCGCUCGCUAUAAGGAUGGGCAUUGUAGCUGCCCUCGUGAUGCUAAGCUUCGGUCUUGGGGUUGUCACCCUGGCAGUCGGCGGAGAGGGCACGGAAAUGGGAAUGGGCCGUGGUGGUAGUAGUACUGGACCACCACCAGCCCAACGUCCCGAUGUCACAGUUACGCCUUCACCAAUUCGACACAUCUUUGCCCUGUACCCUCCAGCGACAGACAGCGAAAACAGCAGCAAAGCUUUGAGGUUCACGCAUCUGGUGGUGGACAAGAGUACAGGACGAGUGUACGCGGGUGCAGUGAAUAAACUAUUGCAACUGGAUGCUGGACUGAGAAUAGAGGAGACUGCUGUAACAGGACCGCUUAAAGAUAGUCCGCAGUGUCACGCAAGUGGUUGUGACUCCCCUGUGAUUCCAACAACCCUGAUGGAUAACGUGAACAAAGUGCUGGUCAUCGACCCAGAGUCUCGCACUCUGAUCGCGUGUGGUUCUCUCAAACAAGGAGCUUGUGAAAAAUAUAAGAUGGCGAACAUUUCGCUUCAGCCAGAAUUCAUUCCUACCAGUAUUGCAGCGAACGACGAAGUGGCAUCAACGUACGCAUUUAUCGGGCCCGAGCACUACAACCCCUGGGGCAGGUCCAACGUGCUUUAUGUGGGCACUACGUUCACAAACAACGGGGAGUACCGCGACGACGUGCCGGCCAUCUCGAGCCGUAACCUCUAUAACCUCGAGUACGCAGAGUUGAGCUUCUCUAAACAGUCCAUCGUCCGUAUAGACGUCAAGUAUAGAGACCAUUUUCUUGUGAAAUAUGUGUACGGGUUUAACGCGAGUGAAUUUGCAUACUUUGUAAUCGUUCAGAAGCAGUCACCUCUGCCAGGACAGGAGGAACUCGGAUACGUGUCCCGUCUCGCAAGGACCUGUAUUAAUGACGCUAAUUACGAUAGCUAUACCGAGGUAACGUUACAGUGCCUGGUCAGAGACCCCACAAGUCCUGGCUCCAUGGUCAAUUAUAAUCUAAUUCAGGAUGCUAAAGUGACAGAGGCAGGGGCAGAUCUCGCCGCGGGUCUAGGGAUCAAGACAGCGGAUCAUGUGCUGGUGGGCGUGUUCGGGCCAAGCCGAGGAAUCACCAAUGAGCCACAACCCCGUUCCGCAGUGUGUGUAUAUAGUCUUCAAGAUAUCGAAGCCAAAUUCAACGAAAACAUCCAUAUGUGUUUCAAUGGCAGCAUUAAGUAUAGGAAUAUGGACUACAUAUCUGGUCUGAUUCUGGAUGGGAAGUGCCCUAUGGCUGGGGAGACUGGCAACAUAUUGAAUUUUUGUGAAGUGGGGUUGAAAAUCUCGGGGGUUGCCCCAAUAAGCAGUCAGGCGGCCAUACACUUCCCUAACACAUCGCUUACCUCAGUUUCCAUGGCGACCACUGAACGACAUACAGUCGCGUUUCUGGGUACAGCCAACGGCAGUCUCAAAAAGGUGUUAUUGUCCAGUGCACUUGUGGGCGCCGAGUACGAGGAUGUUACAGUUGAUCCAGGUCGCGCCAUAUUACCAGACACGACUGUCGCACCUGGUGGAGAAUUCCUCUACGUCCUUUCAACGGCAAAGAUCUCGAAAGUGAAAGUGGAGCACUGCACGAGUUACACCAAUUGCUCCGCGUGCCUGGAAGCCAAGGACCCUUACUGCGGGUGGUGUUCUUUGGAGAAAAGGUGUACUGUUCGCAGCGCUUGUCAGAAGGCCAGUCAGAGCGCCCCUAGGUGGCUGUCCCUCGGAACUGGUCAACAAUGCAUAGACUUCGAGCAAGUGCUGCCCGAUCGCAUUCCCAUCAGCCAGAUGACUACGGUCCAGUUAACAAUCCGCACACUUCCUGAACUGCCUUCCGGAGCAAAAUACAGAUGCGUGUUUGGGAAGGCGGAUCCCAUUGAUGCGGUUGUGACUGCAUUGGGAUUAUCGUGUCCGACCCCUGGAGUGGCCGGACGACCAGGAAUUCCGGAAUCAAGGGAUCACGUGCUUGUCCCACUUUCUGUCCGCUCGUCUGAAACCAAUAAGGAUUUUGUGAGCCGUAACUUCGCGUACUAUGAUUGUGCUAGGCACACAACGUGCAUGGACUGCGUGAGGUCUCAGUGGGCGUGCAAUUGGUGUGUGUACGAGAACACGUGUACGCAUAACACAACAUCGUGUCAGCGUACUGUCAUCAGUGGAGAAAAUGUAAGCAUACUCCAUAUGCUGCAACAGAAUCCUGCCCACCUUAUGACACAUGGUGCCAACUACUGCCCUAGGUUCCGUCGGCCAGCGGAGGAUAUUUUAUUACCAAACAAUGUGCCAAAAGAAAUAGUUUUGGAAGUUGAAAACUUGCCUCAUCCACAAGUGGGACACACAGGCUUCCAGUGUAUUGUUAACAUUGAAGGUGCUAAAAUGAUGGUUCCAGCACGAGUGGAUAAUCCAUAUAUUGUCUGUGAUAAGACAACAUAUUCAUAUGAAGCAAAUACUGGGGAAUACCAGGCCAGUGUGACAAUUGUUUGGAAUCGAAAUCACCAUGUGGACACAAUUAAUGUUGUGCUGUACAAAUGUGAUAUCUUGGGAUCUCAUCGGGAACAUCCCGACUGUUCUUUGUGUGUAACUCGUAAUGCAAAGUACCAGUGUACUUGGUGUGCCAACACAUGCAGCUUCAGUGAAAGUUGUCUUCACACACCAGUGAGCGAAUGCCCUAAACCCCGCAUUGACAUGAUCAAACCACUCAGUGGUCCUGUUGAAGGCGGUACACUGGUCACUAUUGAAGGCAGCAACCUGGGUCUGAAAGAAGAUGAUGUCAGAGGAAAAAUCAGCAUAGGCCACACACCUUGUGAACUGAUACAGUAUGAAGUAUCUGUAAGGAUUGUGUGUCGUACUGGCAGAUCAGAUGGAGAGACUGUGGCCCCAGUGUUUGUUGGCAAUGAAGCUGGGACUACUGAGUCUGCUGUGCACUUCACUUACAAGGAUGUCGUGCUGGAGGGUGUGUUCCCAUCCAUGGGGCCCCAGAGUGGAGGCACUCAGCUGGCCAUUACAGGGCAGUAUCUGAAUAUUGGCAGUACCAUUUCUGCAUUCCUAGAUGACUUACCGUGUCAAGUGAACUCCACACAAGCUUCCAGCAGUCGCAUCACUUGCAUCACGUCACGAUCUAAUGGUCCCCGCCAAAUCAACCGGCUAACCCUUACCAUUGAUGGCGCCAACAGGACACUAGAAGGCAGUCCUUUCAACUAUACCAGUGAUCCUACAAUAAGAGAGAUUAAGCCAUUAAUUAGUUUUGCUUCAGGGGGCCGAAUGAUUACUGUCCAUGGCACUAAUUUGGACACCAUACUGAAACCUGAAAUGGUAGUCUUUAUUGAUGAAGAGCCUAAUCCUAUAAAUAAAACGGUAUGCUCUGUCCUGAAUAGUAAUCAGAUGGAAUGCCCGUCACCACCAGUUAAUAGCAAGUUCAGGGAAAUGCGCCGACGAAAACGACAUUCAACACAGAAAUACAGGGAUGUGCAUCUACGACUCCGCAUUGGUUUUAUUAUGGACAAUGUGGAAACUGUGAAAGAUCUCGAGAAGCACUUUCAUACCAUGAGAUCAGAACUAGUGUAUGUUGAUGAUCCUAAAUUUUUCCAGUUCCCAAACCAGAUCAAAUUGUACAAGGGAGACACAUUAGUUAUUGAGGGUGAGAACUUGAACCUUGCAAGUGACGAAUCUGAUGUAAAUGUGACAAUUGGAACUCGUCCUUGCAAUGUGACAUCUCUGGCUAUGACUCAGUUAGUGUGUACUCCACCUGAAGUCCAGCCUUCUGGUACAGAUGAAAUUGGAAUAAAAACAGACACUAGUUUGCCCUUGGUUGUAGUCCGUGUGGGUCGAAGUCUCCGCUUUCCCAUUGGAUACUUACGCUAUGAAGUCAUCAAACCUUAUUCAUUCCCUCCUGAAGCAAUUGCAGGAAUUGCUGCUGGGACAUUCCUGCUUGUGCUCUUGUUUGUUGUUGUGCUGGUGGUGUACCGACGCAAGUCCACCCAGGCAGAGCGUGAAUACAAACGUAUUCAGAUCCAGAUGGACACCCUAGAAAGCAACGUUAGGUCAGAGUGCAAGCAAGCUUUCGCUCAGAUGUGCACCUGGGAUCCACGGCGCAAUGGUGGUUCACGCCUCCUGCAUGCUUUUGCUGAACUCCAGACUGACAUGACAGACCUCACUGCUGACCUGGAGUCUUCAGGAAUUCCGACUCUAGAUCACAAGAACUACAUUAUGAAGGUGUUUUUCCCUGGUGUAAGUGAUCAUCCAAUUCUAAAUGAUCCGAAGGUACGGAUUAAUGGACCGAGAACAAACUAUGAUGCAGCAAUGCUUCAAUUUGAACAACUUAUCAACAAUAAGUGCUUCAUUCUCACCUUCAUCGAGACACUGGAGGCACAGAAGUCAUUCAAUAUUAGAGACAAAGUUAAUGUUGCAUCACUUUUGAUGGUGGUGCUCAUGGGCAAGAUGGAAUACGCUACUGAUAUCCUUAGAAGCCUUCUGCUACGACUCAUUGACAAAUCUGUGCUAACCAAACAUCCACAGCUGAUGCUCCGAAGAACAGAGUCUGUGGUGGAGAAAAUGUUAACAAAUUGGAUGGCUCUUUGUAUGUAUAACUAUUUGAAGGAUUAUGCUGGCUCUUCCUUAUUCCUGCUCUUCAAAGCCAUCAAGCAUCAGAUUGAGAAAGGCCCUGUUGAUGCCAUCACACACGAUGCUCGGUACUCCCUAUCUGAAGAACGCUUGCUGCGAGAGCAGAUAGACCAUGGCAUGGUUACAAUCCAUCUUGUGCAAGAGGAUCCACAUUAUGAAAAAAUCCCUUACCAAACAUAUCAAACCCUUCAUGUGGUACAGGAUGACCUUGAUGAGAAGAUACAAUGUAAAGUUUUGGAUUGUGACACUAUUAGUCAAGUGAAAUCCAAAAUUUUGGAUGCCCUAUAUAAAAAUACACCUUUCUCAAUGAGACCAUCUAUACAUGAAGUGGAUUUGGAAUGGAGGCAUGGGCGUGGAGGACAUUUGACCUUACAGGAUGAGGAUUUGACCACCAAAUCCAUUUGUGGUUGGAAGAAACUGAACACAUUAGCUCAUUAUGGGGUCAAGGAGUCUGCAGUAAUGUCUCUGAUUCCUCGGCAGAAUGACAGCUUCAACGCAAAUUGCAAACAGCCAUGCCAAAAUUGCACUGGUACAUACUUCACAAACUCACUGUCCCCAAUUAUUACAGUCAACGGUGAUGUGGAAGCAGGAUCAAAUCUUCGUAUCUACCACUUGGUCCGGCCAAUUGACGAGCACCACUACCAGAACAACAAAACCUCAGAACGUACUCACAAAGCCAUCCCUGAAAUCUUUCUCACACGGUUACUGUCUACAAAAGGCACAAUCCAGAAGUUUGUGGAUGAUUUCUUCAACACCAUAUUGACAGCCAAUGAAGCCCUCCCUCCAGCCGUCAAGUGGCUGUUCGACCUCCUGGAUGAUGCAGCGAGAAAGCACAGUAUCACUGAAUCUGAGGUGGUUCAUGCCUGGAAAUCAAACAGUCUUCCAUUGAGGUUCUGGGUCAAUUUUAUCAAGAAUCCUGACUUUAUAUUUGACAUCAACAAAACGACAACAGUGGAUUCUUGCCUGUCUGUCAUUGCUCAGACGUUCAUGGAUUCUUGUUCCACCACAGAGCAUCGCUUAGGGAAAGAUUCUCCAUCAAAUAAACUCCUGUUUGCCAAGGAUAUUCCACACUACAGGGAAAUGGUAGCUCACUUUUACUAUGACGUCCAAAUGUUACCCCAAAUAACAGAUCAGGAAAUGAGCACAGCCAUGCAGCAGCUCUCAGUGUCACAGAUUGGAGAGUUUGAUACGGUAUCUGCACUCAAGGAGCUGUACAUCUACGUCACCAAGUACAGUGAUCAGAUCCUGGAUGCACUUGAUAUAGAUCCUUAUUGCAAGAAGAUGCAUUUGGCUCACAAACUGGAGAAUGUAGCCUGUACGUUGGAAGGAGAGGAGACAUCAACUUGCUGACGACGCGAGUCACCUGAUCUCCUGCUGGCCAAUCUCUAUUGAGAUAAAAUGAGAAGAGACUGUGAUAUGCUUCAUGCACAUGUAAACUGUGAUUCAGGGGACAGCAAGUGAUGUGAAGUUUUGAUAUGUUCUCUGUUGGGGUCAGGUGAUGGAGCGAUUGAGCAAAGAUAUUGGUGAGUGAAUGAACGAGUGAAUCCGGCCAUGGCAGGGUGAAUGUGAUGUUUGUCAAGCACAUGGUCUCAUGUCUGCCAUCUUACCUUAAAAAGGCUGGGACUGUGGAGACUAUUGGGACAGUCAGAGUGCCAGAUGUCUUUUUAAAAGCACAAUAGUUUCCUAACAUUGAGUGCCUCGAAUAUGAUACUAAGAGAAAAAAGUGUCAAAAAAGUCCCUCACAAGGAUCUAGAUUUAUGGGUGGACUUAACAGAGCUGUUAUUUUAAACCAUCAUUUUUAUAUAAAAUUAAACUCUAGAAAAUACUGCUACAAAAUUUUAACUUUGUAAUUACGGUAAGUUGCUGGAAAUUACUUACCAUUAUUUUGUUGUUCUUUUGUUAAAAAUAAUGCCAGGCCAGAAAGAGACUGUCCUGAGAUGUAUGUGUAAGUUUGUAUCAUAUGUACAGUAAUGAAAGCUUUGAGGGCCCCUCUCCAUAGAUAAUGGGUGUGAGCGCAUCUGUGCAUCUUGCAGCAGAUCUUAUCUGAGGCAACAACUUUGUAUCCAGGUCUACGUUACGUUAGCGUAAUGUGUCAGCUUGAUCUUACUGUUGGAAGACUGAAAACUCCAUGGCUUAGCAGACAAAUGGUUGGUAGAUGGACUGGAAUGACUGCAUGGUGAAGAGCACCCUGUGACACAAUUAGCUGCUGCAGACUGUCUUUUAUGUUUCGAGUGUGCUGCGAUGGCCAUAGAGAAGUACUAGUCCGAGCUGUGCUGCAUCCCUAUAUUUCACUUGACAGCAGCGGCACUUGUGUAUUUGGAGGAGUUGGGACCAAACUAGACAGCAAGCUCUGCAAUGAUUUCUUUGUAACUUGUAUUGAAAUGACAGCAGGGCCCAGAACCCCCCAGCAUUUUAUCAUUAUGCUCCCAUUUUUAUUGGGGAUGUAUAGUAAUGAAGCUAUUGUUGUGUAUACCUUUUUUAUUAAACUUUUCUAAAGCUGAGCCCCAUCAUGGUACAGACAAGAAGAAUUUAUGUGUCAUUUAUAUUUAAUUGCAAUUUCUGGUCUCUCAGUGUCAUUUAUCCAUAAUGCUUCUUUCAUACAUAUGUAUACUGUUCAGACUUUAAUUAUAUUCUAUUUGACUUCAAUUGUUACAUAUGGUUGUAAACUUAUAGUACGGAUGUUUUAACGUGCUUUCAUUUCAGUGGCAAAAUUAUCUGUGCCCUUAUUUAAAUUUGCUACCAACAGAUGGUACAGCCUAGAACAUUAUUUUUAUAAAGCCUUUUGUCUCACAACUUAUCCCUGCCAAUGAAAACUGACGGUAUGUGCCAUAGGGGAUACAGUUCAAAUACAAGGUGAGAUUCUGUUUCUACUUAUGUUGCAUUGACACAGAUUGAAUUAACAGUCAAAAUUUAUUUCUUUCAAAGUUGUACAAUUUUAACACCAUGCUUAUCCCACUACAUUAUAUUGGGAUAAAAAAAUUGCUCAUAGAUGGUUCAACUUUUUUUUCUAAUUUUGUAUCUUAAUGCAACUGAAGAUAAUUCCAAAUGCGCCAACUUUUUUUAUGAUAAUUUUAAUUUAUGACAAUGUGUAACUUAUCUUCCAACACUAAACAUUAAGAUCUUUCGGUGUUGCCAGAAGAUAAAGAGUGUGUACAACAGUGUUUAAAUAUCUAGGUUCAAUAGUCAACAUGUACUGGACACUUUCUGGUUACAGAUUAUGAAAUAAAAUAUGUUGAAUAUUUCCUAA